AUGGCAACCCGUUCCUGGCCACCCUCUCAAACCUGCUCCCCUGUUGAUCAGGGACAGUUGAAACCCCUCUUUCCGCCAGCCUCCCCUGAGCUUGGCAAAGUAUCUCUCAAGCGGGUCAUCCGCCUCCUCUGGGGACUCCAAGCCCAGGUUGACCGCAUUGAGUGGACCCUCUUGGAACAAGCCAAAGUUAGCCAAGAGGUUUGGACCAAUGUUGAGAAUAUCUCACAAACGGUUGAUACUGUCAAGGAUGGGCUUGCCCAACUCCAUCACUCCCGGGGCCCUCAUACCCCAGAAGAACAAAAACCCCCUGCGGUCAAGGAAACUCCCAGGGCCGCGCCCAAAGCCAAGCCUAUUGUCAAGGCUCAACCAUUCUUUGGGGCCCCAGCCCCCAUCAUCUCUACAGGGGCCCCUAGGCGCAACCCCCUUUCCCUCUUCAACCCUUACCCCUGCUCUUCCUUCCCUUUGGGACUGGCUCCAGCAGCCCCCCAAGGACCUCCACCAGCAACUAUUGUCCCCCCCGCACAGCCUCCAGUCCCCUCCACUGUAAAGGUGGACCAUCCCAACGCCUUCAAAGGCAAAAUUGGCUUGGAGGCCAAGCAAUGGCUGACACGUAUGUUGGCCUGGGUACGCCUAAACCAAAGGCAAUUCCCAUUGGACAUGGAGGUCCUAAGCUUUCUGUUAAUGAACAUGACAGAAGCCACCGGGGCAUGGGCCCACCCAUAUCUGGACCAAUUAGGGUCCCACUGCGCAAUCAUCCAGUCCGUGGAUGACUUCAAAAUCAAAUUCCUGGCUGCCUUCAGAGACCCAGACGCAACUAGAGCAGCAGAGCGGAAGAUUACUUCCCUCACACAAACUGGCACUUGUGCCAAAUAUAUUAUUAAGUUCCACACGCUGCAGAUGGAACUCAACUGGAACAAUGCCGCUCUCCGCGGACAGUUUGCACGGGGACUCACUGGGAGGUCCGCAAACAAAGUGCCACAAGGGAGAGGCAACCCCGCACCCUGA